AUGGUUAAUAUGAAACUUUUGACUGUCUUUGUAUUUACUAUAUUUUUCGUUUCAUGUAUUCUAUGUUUUGGAAAAGAACAAAAACCUCAUCCACCAUCAUUUGAUCGUUUCUAUAAAAGAGCCUUUGACUCAAUAGACAAUGGAGGGUUUGGUGCUUUUGAUAAACGUAGUGGUGGAGAUUAUUAUGGUAAUGGGCUGAGUGAUUAUGAAGGAUCAAAUAUUCAAGGUCUCCUACCAAGAUAUGUUAUGCUUCGUGGAAAAAAAUAA